CUCGCCGACACGUCUGGGAACCAAGAAGCUCUCCGGAUCAUUUCUCUCUCCUCAGGCUGAGGGUCUGCAACAGAGAGAUUACUACCUUUUUAAUUUUUAAUUUCGUUAAACCAACCCAGAGAGAUUCUACAGUCUUCUCCAUAGCCUCCUUCAUGAGCUGCUGAGCCGGAGGAAGAAGAUGAAGAUGAAGAUGUUUCUGGCGGCGGCUGCCCUCCUGGCACUGCUGCUGUCCUCCUCUCACGCCCAGGAUACAGUGAACCCUCCGUCAGACUUGAGGUUUAGGAUUUUGAAUGAGAAAACAGUGCAAAUGAUUUGGAGUAAACCACAGUCGAGGAUACAGGGCUACAGAAUACAAGUGACCUCAGACACAGAAGAACCAAUGAGAGAAUUUAGUCUGCCUGCAUCUGCGUCUAAGACCUCCAUCUCAGACCUGAGUCCAGAUGUGGAUUAUACCGUAACGAUAUUGGCGUACGCUGGAUCAGAGGAGAGUCUGCCCAUCUCCGGCCAAAUUACACUGGAGUCAACUGGAGGGACUUCCAGAAAACCAGACGCUUCAGAUUCAGUCAAAUGCUCUGUGAGUGCCAUCGCUGACGUGGUUUUCUUGGUUGACGGAUCCUGGAGUGUCGGCCGGCCGAACUUCAAAUUCAUCCAAAAGUUUAUCUCCGUGGCGGCCGGAGCGUUUCAGAUCGGAGCGGAGCGGACGCGGGUCGGCGUGGUCCAGUUCAGCUCCGGAUCCAGAACUGAGUUCAACCUGAAGACACAUCUGACCCGACCGACGCUGCUGAGGGCCAUCGCAGCGCUGGAGUACAAGGGAGGGAACACCAGGACAGGCGAUGCCCUCGACUACCUCCUGAAGAACUCUUUCUCUGAGGCGUCUGGUGCCAGGAAGGCUUUUCCCAAAGUGUUGGUGAUCAUAACGGACGGCAAAUCUGAGGAUCCCGUGGAGAACUUCGCCCGGGAGCUGAGGAGCAGAGGGGUGGAGAUCUUUGUCCUCGGCAUCCAGCAGGCAAACGAGGAACAGAUGAAGCUCAUGGCCUCCGAGCCUCACACAAGUCACAUCUUUAGCGUCGCUGACUUCAACUUAAUCAAGAGUGUGCAGAACAAACUCGUCUCUCAGGUGUGCGCUGGCGUCGACGAUCAACUCAACUCACUCGUCAGCGGAGAAGAAGUUGUUGAGCCAGCGUCCAAUCUCCAAAUCUUGGAAGUCGCCUCAAAGUCGUUGCGGUUGAUGUGGGACGCCUCCAUUGGAGAGGUUUCGGGAUACAAGGUUCAGAUGAUCCCGAUGAUGGCUGGAAGCAAACGGCAGGAGCUCUACGUUGGUCCGACGAAGACCCAGGUGGUGGUCAGAGAUCUUUCCCCAGACACAGAGUACCAGAUCAGUCUGUUCGCUUUGAACGGCCUGAUGCCCAGCGAGCCUCUGACCCUCAUGCAGAAAACACAACUCGUUAAAGUGUCACUGGAGUGUUCUCUUGGCGUUGAUGUCCAAGCCGAUGUGGUCCUCCUCGUCGACGGUUCCUACAGCAUCGGUCUGGCUAACUUCGCCAAAAUGAGAGCGUUCCUGGAGGUGCUGGUUACCUCCUUCGACAUCGGACCAGAUAAAGUCCAGAUCAGCUUGGUUCAGUACAGCAGGGACCCUCACACCGAAUUCUACCUGAACACUCACCACGAUCAGAGCGCCGUAGUGAAGGCGGUGAGAUCGUUUCCGUAUCGUGGCGGAUCCACAAACACCGGCAGGGCGAUGACUUACGUGAGAGAGAAGAUCUUCCAGGCCAACAGAGGAGCGAGACCCAACGUUCCUCGCAUAAACAUCCUCAUCACGGACGGGAAAUCUUCCGACGCCUUCCACAAUCCGGCCACCAAACUGAGGAACGCCGAUGUGGAGAUAUUUGCGGUGGGCGUUAAAGAUGCCGUGAGAGGCGAACUGGAGGCCAUCGCCAACGAGCCGGCGGCGACACAUGUUUACACCGUGGACGACUUUGAUGCCUUCACGAGGAUUUCCAAAGAGCUGACGCAGUCCAUCUGCCUGAGGAUCGAGCAAGAACUACGAAACAUCAUCCAAAGACGCCUGACCCAGCCUCGGGACCUCUCGUUCUCUGAGGUCGGCUCCAGGAGUUUCAGAGCCGCCUGGGAAAUGGACGCCACAGAUGUCGAGUCCUACCUGGUCCGCUUCAGGCCGGAAAACGGAGACGACGGGCACUAUGUGUCCAUGUCCGUCCCCGGAGAAACUCUCACUGCUGUCCUCCCUCACCUCACCCCUCUCACCCGCUACGAAGUCAACGUUCAAGCUCAGUACGACAAAGGGAAGAGCCUUCCUGUGACCGGCUUUGAAACCACUUUAGAAGAACGAGGCUCCGUGCAGAACCUGAGAGUUUCCGAAGAGACGACAGACAGCUUCAGAGUGUCAUGGCAGCCGGCUCAAGGAGACGUCACUCGCUACAAAUUGACAUACGAACCAGUAGGAGACGAGAGAUCGAGGCUGGAGACGACCACCGCUGGCAGAGAGACGGCCAUCGUGCUGCAGGAGCUUCAGCCUAAAACCAAAUACCGCGUCACCGUCACGCCUGAAUACACAUCCGGCUCCGGAGUGCCACUGGACACUGAAGGCACCACCAAAGAAGAGGUGGGCCCUCCUAAAAACCUGGCCACCAGCGACGUGACUGAAUCCAGCUUCAAGGCGUCGUGGACAGCGGCUCCCGGGAAUGUGAAGAUGUACCGAAUCCGAUGGAAGUCGCUGUUUUCGGAAGAUGCCGGAGAUAAAACGGUGCCGGGAGACGAAACCGAAACCGUUCUGGAGGGUUUGAGUCCGGAGACGCUUUACCAAGUUUCUGUGAUCGCCGCAUACGAGCAGAGAGACAGCAAACCGCUCAUUGGACAGGAAACCACUGACGCCUCUGCUGCCGGUAAAAGCUUGGCGGUGUCGGAGGAGACCGAGCGAUCCAUGAGAGUCUCGUGGACGCCGGCGCCGGGAAAAGUGGCACAUUAUCGGCUGAAGUAUUCUCCGUUUGGCGGGGGGAAAGAAAUGUUCCUGAAGGUCCCCGGGACUAGCAGCUCCACCGUCAUGAAGCGCCUGCAGCCCACCACCACCUACACCAUCACCGUGAACCCCAUCUACAAGCGAGGGGAAGGAAAAGCAAGGCAAGGAGUAGGAACGACACUGUCGCCCUACAAGGCUCCUAGGAACCUUCAGACCUCAGAACCCACUAAGACCAGUUUCAGGGUCACCUGGGAUCCAUCUCCCGGAGAAGUGAAGGGAUACAAGGUGACCUUUCGCCCCGAUGGGAAUGAUAUCGACCUGGGGGAGCUUCUAGUCGGUCCCUACGAUAACACCGUCGUUCUAGAGGAACUUAGGGCGGGAACGAAGUACACUGUGGCCGUGUUUGGGAUGUUUGAUGGAGGGGAGAGUGUUCCUCUGGCGGGAGAGGAGAACACCACCCUGAUGGACGAUCCUGACUCUCCUCCCGUCGACCCCUCCGACACUAAGUGUAAAACCACAGCUCAAGCAGAUCUUGUGCUGCUGGUCGACGGCUCCUGGAGCAUCGGGCGCAUCAACUUCAAAACCAUCAGAAACUUCAUCGCUCGCAUGGUCAGCGUGUUCGACAUCAGCCCUGACAGAGUGCAGAUCGCUCUGGCUCAGUACAGUGGAGACCCAAAAACUGAGUGGAAUCUGAAUGCUCAUAGCACCAAGGCCUCGCUGCUGGAUGCCAUCGCUCAACUGCCGUACAAAGGAGGAAACACCAUGACAGGGAUGGCGCUGAACUAUAUCCUGCAGAAUAACUUCAAAACCAGCGCGGGGAUGCGUGAAAACGCCCGAAAAAUUGGCAUCCUGAUCACUGACGGAAAGUCUCAGGAUGAAAUCGUGUUCACAUCGCAGAGCCUGAGAGAGAACGGCAUCGAGCUCUACGCAGUCGGUGUGAAGAACGCCGAUGAGGGCGAGUUGAGGUCAAUCGCCUCGGACCCCGACGACAUCCACAUGUACAACGUGAACGACUUCAAGUUCCUGGUGGACAUCGUGGACGAGCUCACCAUCAACCUGUGUAACAGCGUCAAGGGUCCAGGAGGAGAACUGGAGGCGCCCAGCAACCUGCUGACCUCUGAGGUGACCUUCAGCUCCUUCAGGGCCACCUGGACGGCCCCCGACGGACCAGUGGACAUGUACAGGGUCACCUACAGGAAGGUGGCCGGAGAGGAGAUGCUGGAGCUGCUGGUGGACGGGACGGUGAACUCCGUGGUGCUGACGGGUCUCAGUCCUCUGACCGAAUACCUCGUUAACGUCUACUCCAUAUUGGACGAAGUGAGCAGCGAGCCUCUGAAGGGCACCGAGACCACCUUGCCACUUUCAGCCGUGAAGAACAUGAAUGUGUACGAUGAGACCUCGACCACCAUGAAGGUGAGAUGGGGGGCAGCGGAGGGAGCGACGGGAUAUAUGAUGCUGUACAGAGCCACCAACGCCACCGAGCCUCAGCUGGAGCAGGAGAUUCGUGUUGGAGGAGAGGUGACCGACGUCCAGCUGGUGCAGCUGACUCCCAGCACGGCAUACUCCAUCAGUCUGUACGCUCUGCAUGGAGAGGCAGCGAGCGACGCCCUGGAGGGCACAGGGGUCACCUUGCCGGUGCCUCCCGUUGGCGUUCUCACGAUCACAGACGUGACUCACAGCGCCAUGAAGCUCCGCUGGGACGCCGCUCCUGGAGCUGUUCGCAGAUACAUCGUGACCUACAAACCAGACGAGGGAGACCUGAAGGAGGCUGAAGUAGACGGGAACAUCAUCACGCUGGAUCUGUCCGGCCUCAUCUCCCAGACGGAGUACGAUGUGGCCGUGACCCCCGUGUAUGACGAGGGUCCCAUCAACCCCCUGCUGGGCACCGCCAUCACAGAUGUUGUUCCCGCUCCGAAGGACCUCCAGUUCUCUGAGGUGACCCAGACCUCCUUCAGGACCACCUGGCAGCACGGCGCCCCCGACGUGGCCCUCUAUCGCAUCGGAUGGAAAAAGAGGGGCGAGCAGAACCGAGAGUUUGCCAUCCUGAACAGCGACGAGACGUCUCACGUUCUUCAGAACUUGGACCCGGACACGGAGUACUCGGUCACCGUCACGGCCAUCUACCCCGACGAGUCCGAGAGCGAAGACCUGAUGGGCAACGAGCGAACACUGUUAGACGCUCCGAAGGUGCCCGCUGAACCUCCCAAAAACUUGAGGGUUUUUAACGCCACCACGUCUUCUCUGACGCUGAAAUGGGACCCGGCUCCCGGCGCUGUGCAGAAUUACAAAAUCAUCUACAAGCCCGGUACUGGAGGAGAGCCACUCACAACGCAGGUUGGCGGGAAGAAGACGAGCGUGAUCCUGCAGAAGCUGGAUCCAGACACCCAGUACUCCAUCACGGUGGCAGCAGUUUAUCCAACAGGAGUCAGCAGAGACAUCUCCGGAGAGGGACAGACCAAGCCCCUGGGGGGGGUGAGGAACCUGCAGGUGUUGAACCCCACCAUGACGACUCUGAACGCUCGCUGGGAGCCGGCUGACGGCCGAGUGAAGGAGUACAAAGUGAUCUAUGUCCCCGCUGCAGGAGGAGCUGAGAGCAUGGAAACAGUGUCUGCAGGAACCACCAGCACCGUGCUCCGCUCGCUGCAGCCUGACACGCUCUACUCCGUCUCUCUGGUUCCUGUUUACCUUGGCAGAGACGGCAAGACCAUGACUGAGAACGGCAAGACACGACCUCUGGGUGGGGUGAAGAACCUGCGGGUGAGCGACCCCACCAUGACCUCUCUGAAGGUCAACUGGGACCCCGCGGAUGGAGCCGUCCGACUCUACAAAGUGUUCUUCGUUCCUGCAGCCGGGGGCCGAGAGGAGAUGGAGCAAGUCCCCGCAGGAACCACGAACAUCAUCUUGAGGAACCUUCUGCCCGACACGCCGUACACCGUCUCCGUGCUGCCGGUGUAUCCCGCCAGAGAGGGGAGGCGCCAGUCAGAGAACGGGAAGACACUGCCGUUGAGUGGCGUGGGCAACAUGCAGGUGAUCGACCCCUCCAUCACCACCCUGACGGUGAGCUGGAGCCCAGCUGAUGGGAACGUGCAGGGAUACAAAGUGAUCUACAGCCCCGUGGACGGAGGCCUGGAGAUCGUGGAGCAAGUGUCAGAGAGCACCACUAAGACGGUGUUGGAGAAGCUGCUUCCGGACACCCGUUACACCAUCACCGUCGUUCCAGUUUACGCCGAGGGAGACGGGCCGAGCCUCAGCGACAUCGGGAAGACAAAGCCGCUGGGCUUUGCGAGGAACCUGCAGGUGACCGACCCCACGACGAGCUCUCUGAACGUCCGCUGGGACGCGGCCGAGGGGACGGUGCGAGAAUACAUCGUGACCUGGGUCCCUGUGGCUGGAGGAGAGCAGGAAGUGGACCAGGUGACAGGAACGACCACUUCUACCGUGCUGAAAAGCCUGGAUCCCAACACAGAAUACACCGUCACCGUGGUGCCCGUCUACCACGAGAUGGAGGGCCUGUCCAUGUCCGCCAACGGGAAGACAAAUCCUCUGGGUGGAGUGAAGAACCUUAAGGUGAUCGACCCCACCAUCAGUACUCUGACGGUCCGAUGGGAUCCUGCCGUGGGAAACGUUCGCAGCUACAAAGUCUUCUACACCUCCGAACCAGCGGGAGAGGAGAAAAUGGAGGAGGUGUUUGGAGGAACCACCAGCACCACCCUGAGGAACCUGGAGUCGGACACCGUCUACAACGUGGCUGUGGUUCCCAUCUACCCCGACGUGGAGGGCAUCCGUCAGGCGGAGAAGGGAAAGACAAAGCCUCUGGGAGGAGUGAAGAACCUGCAGGUGAGCGACCCGACCACCAACUCUCUGAGGGUCCGCUGGGAGCCGGCGGAGGGCGACGUGAGGCAGUAUCAGAUCAUCUACGUCCCCACAGGGGGGGGGACAGAGAGCAUGACUCCGGUAUCCGGCAUGUCGACCAACACGGUGCUUAGAGACCUGAAGCCCGACACCGAGUACAAAGUGACGCUGGUGCCCAUCUACGCCGACGUGGAGGGGAAACGAGAGUCAGAGAACGGGAAGACAAAGGCUCUGGGCGGGGUGAAGAGUCUGCAGGUCUCUGAUCCCACCACCAGUUCUCUGAAGGUCCGCUGGGAGCCGGCGGAGGGAAACGUCCGGCAGUAUCGCAUCUUCUACGUCCCUUCAUCCGGAGGAGCCGAGGACAUGGAGCAGGUGUCAGGUGGCACCACCAACACCGUCCUGAAGAACCUGUUGUCGGACACUCCCUACACCGUGACCGUCGUCCCUGUUUACCCCGAGGGGGAGGGACUCCGCCAGUCUGAUGACGGGAAAACACUUCCACGUACGCCACCCAGGAACAUCCAGGUGUACAACCCCACCGCAAACAGCCUGAACGUGCGCUGGGAGGCGGCUUCAGGCCAGGUGCAGCAGUACAAGGUGGCGUACAGCUCCCUGACCGGAUCCAGAGCCCCCGAGUCGGUCCUGGUUCCUGGAGGUGUGACCAACGCCUUCCUGGAUAACCUGAUCCCGGACACUCCUUACUCUGUCAACGUCUCCGCUCUGUACGCUGACGGAGAGGGAUCUCCAGUCAGAGACAACGGCAAAACACUGCCUCGAGGCGGUCCCAGGAACAUGCGAGUUUAUGACGCCACCACCAGCACCCUGACCAUCGGAUGGGAUCACGCCGAGGGUCCCGUCAGGCAGUACAAGAUCUCCUACGCCCCGCUGACCGGAGACCCCAUCACCGAGUUUACGACAGUCCCUGGAAACAGAAACAACGCCCAGCUGCAGAACCUCCUCGCUGACACCCCGUACAACAUCACGGUUCAGGCCAUUUAUGGAGAGGGUCCUGGGGGGCAUCUGAAUGGAAACGGACGAACAUUGGGGAUGUUGAGCCCGAGGAACCUCAGAGUCUCUGAUGAGUGGUACACCAGGUUCAGAGUGGCCUGGGACCCAGUUCAAGCUCCAGUUCAGGGAUACAGAAUCACCUACAAUCCUGCAGGCACAUCGACGCCCAUGGAUUUCUUCGUGGGUGACGUGACGUCGUACACUCUGCACAACCUGCUGCCCGGCACCCCCUACGACCUGAAGGUGGUUGCUCAGUACUUCGGAGGCAGGAGCGACCCUCUGCCCGGACAGGGAACAACACUGUACCUGAACGUGACGAACAUUGAGACGUUCGACGUGGACCACGACCAGUUCUGCAUCAAGUGGGCUCCUCACAGAGCGGCCACUUCGUACCGCAUCAAACUGCACCCUUCAGACCCCUCCAGUAAGGGUCAGCAUGAGAUCACCAUCCCAGCCGGUCUGCCUCAGCACUGUUUCGACGGUCUCUCUCCCGACGCUCUUUACACCGCCACCGUCUUCGUGCAGACCCCAAAUCUGGAGGGUCCUGGAGUCAGCGCCAAGGAGAGGACAUUGGUGAAGCCCACUCCAGCUCCAACGCUCCCACCAACACCUUCCCCUCCUCCCACCAUCCCCCCCGCAUGGGCAGUUUGCAAAGGGGCCAAAGCAGAUGUGGUGUUCCUCAUCGACGGAUCGUGGAGCAUCGGAGAAGAGAGCUUCCGGAAAGUCGUGCACUUUGUCUCCGGCAUGGUCUCUGCCUUCGAUAUGGUCGGACCCUCAGGGAUGCAGGUGUCCUUUGUGCAGUACAGCGACGAGGCGAAGACGGAGUUCAGGCUGAACGCUUACAGAGACAAAGGCAUCGCCAUGUCGGCUAUUAAUCAGAUCCACUACCAAGGAGGAAACACCAAGACAGGCAUGGCUCUGAAACACACCUAUGAGAAAGCCUUCUCCAUGGAGAACGGGAUGAGGAGGAACGUCCCGAAAGUGGUGGUGGCCAUCACUGACGGACGCUCUCAGGACGAAGUGAAGAAGAGCGCCGCCAAGCUGCAGCACGCAGGUUACAGUGUGUUCUCCAUCGGUGUGGCGGACGUGGACUUCGUGGAGCUGCAGGAGAUCGGCAGCAAACCGAGCGACAGACAUGUGUUCGUUGUGGACGACUUCGAUGCCUUCGACACCAUCAGGGAAAACCUGAUUACCUUCAUCUGUGAAACUGCAACGUCAUCGUGUCCCCUGAUUUACCUGAAUGGAUUCACUUCACCUGGCUUCAGGAUGCUGGAGGCGUUCAACCUGACGGAGAAGAUGUACGGUUCAGUUCCCGGUGUUUCCAUGGAGCCGGGGUCCUUCAACAGCUACACGGCCUACAGGCUGCACAAAAACGCUUUCCUCCACCAGCAAACCACAGAGAUCCACCCUGACGGCCUCCCCCCCUCCUUCACCAUCAUCAUGAUGCUCCGCCUCCUCCCAGACUCGCCCUCCGAGGCCUUCGAUGUCUGGCAGGUGUCGAGCAGCGACCACAAGCCGGAGACCGGAGUCACCAUCCACCCCUCCAGUCAGACGGUGUCCUUCUACAACAAGGAUGUGAACGGACAGAUCCAGAGAGUCACCUUCGACAGCGAGCCGGUGAAGAGGAUCUUCCACGGAAGCUUCCACAAGCUCCAUAUCCUGGUGUCAUCCACCGGCGUCAAACUCAACAUCGACUGCCAAGAAGUGGCGGAGAAGGAAAUCAAGGAGGCAGGAAACACUUCCAGCGAUGGAUACCAGGUUCUGGGGAAAAUGUCCAAAUCCAUCGGCUCCAAGGGAGAGUCAGCAACUUUCCAGCUCCAGAUGUUCGACAUCGUCUGCAGCCUGGGCUGGACCAGCAGGGACAGAUGUUGUGACCUGCCGUCUAUGAGAGAUGAGAUGAAGUGUCCGUCUCUUCCCAACUCCUGCACCUGCACCUCAGCCGGCUCCGGGCUCCCGGGCCCUCAGGGGCCAAUGGGCGCCCCCGGCAGCAAAGGACCUCGAGGAGAAAGAGGAGAAGCCGGUCCUGCUGGGCCGAUGGGCCCGCGAGGAGAGAACGGACCCCCGGGAGCCAUGGGUCUGCCCGGACCUCAGGGGCCCAGCGGACUGUCUAUACCUGGAGAGGCUGGCCGCCCUGGACCAAAGGGAGAAUUGGGAGACUCAGGAUUACCUGGACAGAAAGGUUCCCCGGGGCCACGUGGUGCCGGCGGGCCCAUCGGACCAGCAGGAGUCAGAGGCCCCCCAGGGAAGGAAGGCACGACGGGCCCCCGAGGCGCCACAGGACCCAUGGGACCUCCGGGAUCUCCUGGAAAUUCAGGUGGAGUCGGGAAACCAGGAAACCCCGGAGACACCGGAUCUCCUGGCUCUCUCGGUCUAAAGGGAGACAAGGGAGAGAGAGGCGACUUUGCUCCUCAGAACAUGAUGAGAUCCAUCGCCAGACAAGUGUGUGAGCAGCUGGUGAACGCACAAAUGAGUCGAGUCAACACGUUACUGAACCAGAUCCCUAACGGUCAGUAUCGCAGCAACAAACCAGGAGCCCCGGGGCCUCCAGGAGCCGAAGGCAGGCAGGGGACCCGCGGAGAGCCCGGCGCCGCGGGGAGGAACGGGUUUGACGGAAACAGCGGAUCACCGGGACAGCCGGGAGAGAGAGGUACUGCGGGAGAGAAAGGAGAGCGAGGAUUAUCAGGAGUCGGACAGAAAGGACCCAGAGGACCUGCAGGGCCUCAUGGUGAGAGCAGGACGGGACCCGCGGGCCCCUCAGGCUCUGCGGGGCCCCGUGGCCCCCCCGGGCGCCCCGGGUACGCUGGGGUCCGCGGCCCCCCCGGCCCCCCCGGCUACUGUGACUCCUCCCAGUGCGUCGGCAUCCCUUACAACGGAUACGGAGGCCAGUCCCCCACCGAGCCCGAGGCCAGACUCCCCGACGAGGACGAGCUGCAGAACCAGCGGCGGAAGAAGAGGUCGCUCUCCAGGUCCAGCAGAACGGCGUCAUAAAACAGUCCUGUUUCUACCUGUGUUGGGAUUCAUGCACACUACACACACACACACACACACACACACACACACACACACACACACACACACACACACACAC